AAAAGAUUAUGUUCCGAAAAUCGAUGUUAUUUUGGUAUAAAAACUCUGAAUUAUUAACACAAUAUGCACUUGUUUGCAAACAUGCGGACACACAUCGCUUUACUUGCUCUAAGCAUCUCCGCUGUAGUAGCGGUUCCAGCUAAUCCACAAAGGAUCGUGGGCGGCAGUACUACGACAAUUAGUAACUAUCCCAGCAUAGUUGCCUUACUAUAUAGUUCAAACUUGAAUCAGUGGCGACAAACUUGUGGUGGUACUAUUGUCAAUAGUCGGAGCAUCGUUACAGCUGCACACUGUCCUCAUGGCGACAGCACUAACAGAUGGCGUGUAAGAGUGGGCUCCACUAAUGCGAAUAGUGGUGGAAGAGUAAUAAAUUCGCAGAGAUUCAUUAUUCACCCUAACUACAACAGGAGGACACUCAAUAAUGACAUUGCAAUCAUUCGCCUCUCGGCUACCAUAUCGUUUAGCAACACUGCCCGGGCCGUAAGCUUUGCUGGCCCUAACUAUAAUUUACGGGAUGGACAGGUUGUUUGGGCUGCUGGGUGGGGACGAACUUCUACAAAUAGUGCUUCAUCGGCCCAACUGCGCCACGUUCAGAUCUGGACAGUGAACCAGGCUACGUGCAGGUCUCGCUACGCCAGCACCAGUCGCACCAUCACUGACAACAUGUUGUGCGCCGGCUCGCUUACCGUCGGUGGUCGCGGCCAGUGCCAGGGUGACUCCGGUGGUCCUCUCUACCACAAUCGCCUCCUUGUUGGUGUCUACUCCUUUGGAGAGGGUUGCGGUUUGGUUCGCUUCCCUGGAGUCAAUGUACGUGUCUCGCGGUACGCUAAUUGGAUCCGCAACAACUCCUAGUUUUAUAUUUCGUUUAAGACUCAUUCGGCUUCUCUUAUACCUAUUAGAUACAUGAAAACUUCGUUCCAAAACAAAACCUUAACCGUUGCCAGUGCUAUCUUCUUAUCUUAAAUAAUUGUGAAUAAUGUUUUUUUUAUGUAAAAUUAUUUAUUAAAAAUAUAUUUUUAAUUGAAAAAA